AUGGCUUACUACUGGCCCACCAUGAUUACUGACUGCAUGGAAUUCGCCAGGAAAUGCCACAUUUGCCAGCUCCAUGGCGAAACUCUCCAUCAACCCCAAAAUACUCUGGCAUCAUGGCCGUUUGCAGCUUGGGGAACCGACAAACUCAGACCGAUAGAUCCUCCAUCCUCUGCUGGUCACAAGAAAAUAUUGGCAGCAACAGACUCUUUCUCGCGUUGGGCCGAAGCUGUUCCGCUCAGAGAAGUCAAAGCAAUAACGGUCAACAAGUUUUUCCUGAACAACAUUAACUAUCGGUUUGGGGUCCCCAUCAGAUCACCUCCGACAACGGGAAGUCCUUCCAGAACACCAAGGUGUGGAAGUUCGCCCAUCAGUCUCAUCUUUACUGGAUCUACUCCACCAUAUACAACGCGCGACCCAAUGGACUGGCGGAAGCGUUCAACAAAACCCUAUCUAUCUAACUUGCUGAGUAAGGUCGUCUCUAAGGGUAAGAGGGAUUGGCACUGGUUUUAA